AGGCCGCCAGGGGGCGAUGGUCGGCGCAUAGCGUCACCUCUCCAAGCCCCGCCUCCAACGGCGCCUUCUAAACACGUCCUUCCGGCGGUUUCUUCCUCUCUUCUCUUCUCCGCCAUCGUAUGUGGGCUUGAGUUUGGUCCUCGCCAUGUCUUCUCACAAGACUUUCAGGAUCAAGCGAUUCCUGGCCAAGAAACAAAAACAGAAUCGUCCCAUUCCCCAAUGGAUUCGAAUGAAAACUGGUAAUAAAAUCAGGUACAACUCCAAGAGAAGACAUUGGAGAAGAACCAAGCUGGGUCUAUAAGGAGCCGCACAUGAGGUGGUGCACAUAUUUAUGCUGUGUCAAGUUCUUCUGCAUCUUACCAUAUCACUCUGAAGAUAGUGCUGUUGCAUGAACAGCUGGAUAUGUUUGGGAAUAUGGAGUUUCUCUUUGUGGCCAUGUCUGUGGUCUGUUGCUUUUGCUCAGUAAUAAAUAUGUGAGACCUUUUGUUGAAA